UAAAACCUUCCUGGGGUGCAUCUUCCCACACUGCUCCAGCUCCGAGGGCACGAGGACCAACCAUGAAGGCUUUUCUGGUGGCCCUGCUGGCUGCAGUCCUGUGUGCCCAGCAAGCUUCCUCCCUGUUUUGCUAUGUCUGUGACAAUGAACAUUCCAACUGGAACUGCAUGAAAACCUACAAGUGUGAGGACCAUGAGAAAUACUGCACAACCACGUACAGCACUGCUGGAUUUGGCAAGGACGUGGGACACCGCAUCACCAAGAAAUGCUCUGCGGACUGUCCCGAGACCAACGUGAAUUUCGGGAUGGCCGCUUAUUCCACCAAGUGCUGCAGCUACUCCCUGUGCAACUUCAGCGGCGCCAACAGCAUCCGGAUCAACUACGCCGUGGUCCUGCUGGGAAUCCUGGGAAGUUUGAUCUGUGUGCUCAGGGUGGGAUUGUGAUCAGGGCUGGCAGAAGAUUGCGACCACCCGAGAAGCCACGAGGUAUUCCCCAAGUGAGAAACCUCAGCUGAGUGUUUCCAGCAGCGACCCUGUUGUAUUCCAAGACAUUGCUUCAGAUCCCAACACGACACCUAUUUUUUCCCCCCUGUUGUUUUAUACUAAUUUUUCCCUGGAAAAGCUCUUUUGAUAGCACGUGUGUGAUAAUUGUCAGACAAAAUAAAGAUUUGUGUUAUUCUAGAGUGUGUUUGUUGUAUCCACACCAGGACCAGCCUGAGAAAUCAGCUCUGCUAAAAGGAAUUCCUCUUUUUAGCACUUGGGAGCCUUCUCCAGGCUGCCUUUCCUAACUUUCUUCCAUCCAGCAGCUCCAGACACUCCACAGAGCCAGAUGGUGCCCUCUAAGGAAUGGUGUCAGUGUUUGUGUUGCUCCCAUUGCAAACAACAGCAGGAAUUGUCUUAUAGAUGCUGAGACAGGACCAGGAAUUUGGUCCUGCAGGAAUUUGGACUGGGAAGUUCUCCUGGGAUCUCUGCAAGGUGGGUUGCUCCAG